CGUUUGGUGCUUCAGCCGGCCGGGGAAGGGCAAUUCGCGGGGUUACGGAGCCUGCACCCAGCCGCCCCGCCCCCGCCGGAGCCGCCACAGGUGUCCGUCUCCAUGCGGCCUUUUCGCGGCAAAAACCUCCCCGCCCGGGAAUCCCGCCUCCCGCUCCCUCUGAUUGGACACACGGGCCGCGCAGGGCGUGCUGGCGACGCGCCGAUUGGCUCACGGGGCUCAGAGGCUCGUCCUCAUUGGCCGGCUCCAAGCAUGGCGGAUGCUGGAGGACUGAGGCGGCUGUUUUGAACACGUGCAGGCUGCACAGGAGUCCGGGUCCCCGGUUUCCCCAGGAGAUGAGAUGGACAGAUUCCUGGUGAAGAGGACUCCAGGUAGCCUUCCAGGAAACGAAGAGGAAGAAGAGGAAGAGCAGACCGGAGGAGAGCCAGGCAUGGACAGAGGAAGCAAGAGGAAGAGGCCCAGGAGAGAGCCCCCUGGCAGUGUAGCCCCCCUGGCAACCCCGGGCUGGCAGCACAUCCGGGCCGAGGGUCUAGACUGCGAUUACAUGGUCCUGUUUGGCAAAGCCGAGGCAGAUGACAUUCUCCGGGAGUUGGAGAAGGAAGUGGAAUAUUUCACAGGUGCGCUGGCCAGGGUGCAGGUGUUUGGGAAGUGGCACAGCGUGCCCAGGAAGCAGGUGACAUAUGGUGACGCGGGACUCACGUACACGUUCUCAGGCCUCACACUGUCCCCACGGCCCUGGAUCCCCAUCCUCGAACGUGUCCGGGACCGCGUGUCUGAGGUGACGGGACACACCUUCAACUUCGUGCUCAUCAACAGGUACAAAGACGGCUGUGACCACAUCGGGGAGCACCGUGAUGACGAGAGGGAACUGGCCACUGGAAGCCCCAUCGCCUCCGUCUCCUUUGGGGCCUGCAGGGACUUUGUCUUCCGGCAUAAGGACUCCCGGGGCAGGAGCCCUGCCCGGCAGGUGGCAGCGGUGCGGCUGUCGCUGGCUCAUGGGAGCCUGCUCCUGAUGAAGCCCCCGACCAACACGCACUGGUACCACAGCCUGCCAGUGCGCAAGAAGGUGCUGGCUCCGCGGGUCAAUCUGACGUUUCGGAAAAUUGUGCCUACUAAGAGAUAAAAAAGGUUUGCCACCGGUUGGUGGGUAUGCUUACUUUCCCUUUGCAUUUCCACUCUUGGGACCUGGGGGUGCCGACGGGGAAUACAGGCAAGGUUUCAUCAAAACCAGUGACUUCUGGUCUCCGUAGGAUUCAGAAAGAGGAUGUUGUAAUAAAAUCAUGUUUCAGUGAUCAAAAGAUGACAGCUG